AUGGUCUCUUCGGACUCGGUGUUUGACAUCUCUGACGAUAUAGAGCUACACAGAAUUGUCAAAUCUCGCUCCAACAGCUCGCAGGAAUCCACGGAGCAGGGGAGCCAGUUCUCGCAUCUCAGCAACGAUGGCCCUCUGAGCUCUCCGAAAUCUAAGGUCAAAGCCUUUCUGAAGGGCCUUUGGCAUGGUCCGGCGCACCCGGUGGAUGAUCCGCCUCAUAUCAAGAGCCCUUAUGCCCAACAGUUCGAAAACUUUCCGUGCCGAAUCUCCAGCUCCUUUCCUACCAAAAUCAAGCUUCCCUUCAUCCUUCUGUACUACGCUUUUUGGCUAGUGAUAUUGCAGCAGGCUCUUUCGCCUUAUUUGACGGAGCAGCCAGCUUAUCAAGAUGAGUCUUCGGGCAAAUCAAUGGAUAUCAUUAGUAUUUCUUGCCGCGGAGAGCCGUCGAUAUGGAAGGGCAAAAAUCAGCGAUGCGGGCUUGCAGGAGCAAAGUGCGCACCUUUCAAUGAUAGAGAAGUUGUUCUGCGGUGUCCGGCGCUGUGCGAUUCUGAAUCUACCACAUACUCUUCAAUCCCGGUUGGAGAUCAGAAUAUCAAGUACCGAAGCUUUACGAUCGGUGGAGGCAGGACCGAAACUCUCGAAAACGACACCCUCUCUUAUCCCUAUCGUGCGGACUCGUUUCCAUGUGGAGCAGCUGUCCACGCUGGCCUGGUCUCGCCCUAUUUUGGUGGCUGUGCCAAAAUCAGAUUCGUUGGACCGCAGUCGGAGUUCCCUGCUAGAGACGGGUCCAUAGGUUUUGACAGCUUUUUCCCGGCAUCUUAUCAGUUUGUGAAAACUCCAAAGUGCCACAACUGCUACGAUCCACGAGUUCUUGUCGCCUUUAUCAACAUUCUGUUGGGUUUGCCCGUGAUUUACAUGUCAACCAACGGGAGCCUGGCCUUUUGGACCAUUUGCAUCAGUGGAUUUUGGACAAUCAUUCUCACAUUCGAUCCACCGCUUGUGGUGAAAGCCCAGGACCCAGAGUCUCUGGCCACGCUCAUUUCUCUCGGUUUUGAAAGACUGCUGCCAUUGUGUUUCAUCCUCUAUGUCGUCUGGAAAGCUGCCUGCCAAACAACCCUUAGUCACCCGUCAUCGCCCAUCUGCAAAACAUUGAUAUGGUACCCGCUGUUUUGGGUCGGAAUGCUCAACAACGUCACAUUCGACAGGCUCCCAGUAGACCGGCUCACCAUAACUGACAUCCUUACACAGCCAGGGUCGAUUUUUGCAACGCUGGGCAUUGUCAUGACCAUCGCUGUCGGCGCGGUUGUCCAGGCGUACCACUUGUGGAAGGCCGGUAAGUUCCGGAUGUACUUCAAGCUAUACCUUGGCUUUAUUGGAGCUCUGACGGUGCUGGGAAACUUUUCUGGUCUGAACCUCAGAAUACAUCACUAUAUCCUGGCUCUGCUCCUUAUUCCAGGAACUAACACCAAAGGUAUGACUGCAAUGUUGUUCCAGGGUGUCUUGCUUGGUCUGUUGGUGAACGGAGUCUCACGGUGGGGACUUGCAUCGAUCGAGGAGACCGACAGAUCAUUGAGACGUUCUGAUCCGUCAGGAGAAAUCAAGCCUCCGGAAUUUCUGGGGUACGAGCGCUCGAACUCCAGUGUUUCCUGGCAAAUCCGCGAAACAGACAAUCCGGCAAUGAUCAACGGCGAGUUUAUCUCGCCUCACGACAAACUUAAUCGGUACUCGCUCAUCAUUAAUGACUUGGAGUGGUACAACGGUCCGAAUAGCUCUGUGAGCUUGGAGGCCCUUGCUUCCGAAAACGACCGGUUUGCUGAGCUGCUGGGGUACGCUUCUAACCAUUCGCAGGAACAGAAACUGUACCUAAGAGUUGGCAGGGCUGGAGGUACCAGGAGAAGUGACUACACGAAUGCUGCGGUUUUGAAAUAUCCAUCUGGGGAGUUUGUGCCUCCUAAACCAGGUCUCACUAAAUAA